UUUAAAUCGUUUUAUAAAUUUAUGUAAAUAAUAUUCUCCUAUAUGAAUAGGAGAAUAUUAUUUACAUUAUGAUUAUGAAACUUAGUUUCCCUUACAUAGUUAACAUGACAAGAACUAACAAAGCUGCAUACAAGAAACAUCAGUGGUCAGGUGGAAAAAGGAAACGGCGUCAAGUCCAAGCUGCCUUACAACACCAUUAUGGCACCAAUUCAAGAAACGUGGCUUGGCGUAAUGUUCAAAUGAAUAACCCACCUGACGUCACGAUGUGUGACGAUCCGUCAAAUGCCCAAACGGUGAUAAAUAAUGGUUCAACUAAUGCUGAAAUCCCACUAAAAACGUACGCAAAUAAGAAUCCACCAACUGUUCGUUUUGAAGCCCCAAUCACGUCGACCUCAAGCACACCUCGAGCAGUUGGCGAUGAAGCACCUGCAAAACAGGUCGAAGUAAACUGGCCAAAUCCUGACCCGGACGUGGAAAGUCACCAACUGUUGGUAGAGACGGUUCCCCACGAAACUUUAGGCGAUCUAUCUGGCUAUCGGAUUGUGGACAUUAACCAUGUCCUCCAAUGGGCUUUUAUCGUUGAAAGGCACAAAAACAGCUGCCCAGGUUCGACCAUAAAAUUUGUCAAAGAGACUAGAAACGGGUUUAAUAGUGUUCUAACAUUUCAAUGUCAGAUUUGCGGAAAGGUCUUCAAAAAUUCGACUGAAAAAAAUGAAGACAUUAAUAAAGCCUUCGUAUGGGGCACAGUAUCGGCCGGCAGCUACUACGCUGCUACAGCACACCUUACCAGCUGUAUGGAUAUCCCAACAAUGUCGAGCAAUAAAUUUCGCUCCAUUGAAAAAGAAUUGGGGGAGGUUUGGGAAAACCAUUUAACUGAAGUAAUUAUGAAAGCUGGACAAGAAGAACGAGACAUUGCCAUUCAAAAGGGACAAAUUAACGAGAACGGAUUGCCAUAUACGACAGUGUAUCUCGAUGGAGGUUGGCUCAAACGAUCAUAUGGUCAUAAUUAUAAUUCAUCAUCUGGAAUGGCUUGUAUUAUUGGAAAGGAAACAAAGAAGUGCUUAUUCCUAGGGAUACGUAAUAAGUAUUGUUACCACUGCCAAUAUUACGAGAAAAAAAAUAUGAAGCCAACAGAACAUGUCUGUUUUAAAAAUUUCAAUGGACCUUCAACAGCUAUGGAGGCAGACAUAGUCAUUGAAGGCUUUAAAAAAAGUGAAGAAAUGCAUGGACUGCAAUAUAAAUCCUUCAUUGGUGACGGCGAUUCAUCCGUUUAUGCCCAUAUAAAAAAAAAUAUACCGUAUGGACAUAAAGUCACUAAAAUCGAAUGCAAAAAUCACCUCGUCAAAAAUUAUACCGCGGGCUUGUAUAAGAUUUUGACUAAUACAAAGCUACCCCUGCUAGGUAGAAAUAUGCUAAAGCCAAGAAUUGAGAAUUUGACCAUUGUGACAAGAAAAGUAAUCAUCCACUGUCACAAAGAUCCGAAUCGCCUUCGAAAAGAUUUGAAGAACGUGGCCUAUCACGUUUACGGCCGUCACAUGGAGUGUCAACCAUAUUAUUGUAAUUACACAGAGGCCAAUGACGAACACCCAAAAGUAAAUGAAGACAAAGAUCUCGUGACAAUAAUGACAACCAAGGCACCUGGAGUUUGGGCAAACAUCUGUGCCGCUAAUGAACAUAUUUUAUCUAAGUCCCACAGAGUGAGUAAUGAGACCACGAACGUAGCAGAAAACUUUAUGAGCUUGGUGAAUAAAUUCACUUGCGGCAAGCGACUCAGCCUUGGAAAAGGUGGUUCGUAUCAAAGAAGAGUCCUUCUUGCAGGUUUGUCACAAACGACUGGAUAUAGUUGGCACAAACAAGCAUGGCUUAAAACCUCCAGCCAUAAUAUUGGCCAACAUUUCCAACUUUACAUAAAAAGGAAAGAACUUAUCCGGAUGCGACGCCAAAGAUGUCCAAGGACGCGCAAUUUUAAACCUACUGUCAUUAAACCCGACAAAGACUAUGGUCCCAAAGCAUGCGAUCCUGUUGACUUGAGCCGAGAAGAUAUAAAAAGAAUAGGGCAAGAAAAGCUUAUGGAACUGCAAGUGACACCCGACCAAAUCGCUGAAAUAGAGCAACAAACUAAAGAUCAGCAUGAUAACGAACUCUACAACGUGAUCAGGAGUGAUAGAUUGACUGCAAGCCAAUUCGGGAUGGUAUGCAAACGACGAAAUAAAACUCCUUGCCACAAUCACGUGAAACAAAUUUUGUAUAAAAACAAUAUUUUAACAUCUGAUAUGAAAUACGGGCAGCAUAACGAAGCUGUUGCAAGGACUCUUUUUGAAACCACAACGAAUAAAAAAGUGGAACGUGCGGGUUUAUUUAUUGAUAAACAAUACGGAUUCCUAGGCGCAAGUCCAGAUGGUAUCAUUAUUGAUGAGAAUGCUCUACUUGAAAUAAAAUGCUUUCCAUCACUGAAAAGAAGCCAAGAAAGCAUUGAAACCGCGGCUGAAAGCCGCGGAAAUAAGUUUUGCUUGAAAUAUAAUAAGGAAGGUAAAUUGGUUAUGAACACAAACCAUAAUUAUUAUUACCAGGUGCAAGGACAACUGCGUAUUGCUGACAUGGCAAAAUGUUAUUUUGUCUGUUUUAUUGACCCUGGGAUAAAUAUGACUAUAAUCGAAGUAGACCGAGACGAGGACUUUAUACACAAUAUGAUACCAAAACUCGUAUCUUUUUACAAGAACUGCAUCGUCCCCGAGCUCAUUCUGCGAAGAGUUCCAAAAAACCAAAAAUGCGUCGAAAUUUCAGACUUGCCUGGUACGUUACAGAUUUAUUUAAGAUUUACCCAGGAUGGAACAGAGGUGGUAUAUUUAUUCAAAGUGUAGUUGAAUUGUUGUUUUUGUACACAAAUUGUAUAUCCGUUUGCCUGAUUCAGUCCUAGAUAUAUACUUCUUACUUUUAGUUCAUCUGAUGUUGGAGCCAGGAGGUUGAUUUGCUAACUCAAUCUACUAGAGUUCAAUUUGUUCAAAAAGUCCUUCACAUUAUCUUUAGCAUAGUCAACGAUGGAACUAUAAAGAAAGAGAGAAAUUGGGCGUCUUUUGUUGUUUUACAGAAUUAAUAUAAUAUUCAUUCCUAUGUAUAGUUAUCAUUAUUUAAAUGAACUCAACACGGGAUGAGCUGUGGUUAAAGUAUAAUUUGUGUUAAUUUAUAGUCAAUAAUUAGUUUUUGGUAAAAAAAAACAUUUUUGGUUUGGUAUAUGUUAUUAUCAAUGACUGCAGUUUUCUUUCCAUAGGCAACAAACAACAACAUUCAGACAAAUCUAAUAAUCCCAAACACAAUUAGCUUGCGUUGUUUUAUCACAGAGUUCCCAUAGACACCUUCUGUGUUCAUCAUCAAAUCAGCUCUAUGUCAUAAUAAUAUUGCAUAUUGUCAUUGUAUUAUGAGUGCAAAAUAUCAACUCAAUCGGAAAUCGGCUAGUAAGCCUUAUUUAGCUUCCAAAAUUUGACCUACACUAACAUACAUACUUAUGGCGUUAUUCAUAAAUAUAGGUAUUCAUAAAACAUUUAAUUUCAAGUACUUUUAACUAUUGUAAUUUCGACUAGAUUUUUUAAACUUUUUUAUCCUUUCCUAUAAUCAAUUAUGAUCGUUUUUAGCUGAUCAUCAAAAACAAUAAACGUCGGACAACGGACAGUUCACGUCACGUCAUCCCUGUAAAGAUGAAAAAAAAAUAGUAUAGUAUUUGUAAAUAUAUACUCAUGUACAUAGUAAAAUCAUGUUGUUUAAUUGAUAGUGCCUACAAAAAGAAAAUACGUUUAUUUCCAUUAUUUAUCCAAUGUUUCGCCCUGAAAACUCUGAAAUACAUGCU